CUAUCCGACAUGGAAUUGUUGAGGACUGGGACCUCAUGGAGAGGUUCAUGGAGCAGGUUAUUUUUAAGUACCUUCGAGCUGAGCCCGAGGAUCACUAUUUUUUAAUGACAGAGCCUCCACUGAACACACCAGAAAACAGAGAAUAUCUUGCAGAAAUCAUGUUUGAAUCAUUUAACAUCCCAGGACUUUACAUUGCUGUGCAGGCAGUGUUGGCCUUAGCUGCCUCCUGGACGUCACGGCAGGUUGGGGAGCGAACUCUGACCGGAAUUGUCAUCGACAGCGGCGAUGGAGUGACCCACGUAAUCCCCGUGGCAGAAGGCUAUGUAAUUGGAAGUUGCAUCAAACAUAUUCCUAUUGCAGGUAGAGAUAUUACUUACUUUAUUCAACAGCUUCUAAGGGAAAGGGAGGUAGGAAUUCCUCCUGAACAAUCUCUGGAGACAGCAAAAGCCAUAAAGGAGAAAUACUGUUACAUCUGCCCCGACAUAGUGAAGGAAUUUGCCAAGUAUGACGGAGACUCUCGCAAGUGGAUCAAACAGUACACGGGCAUCAACGCCAUCAACAAAACCAAGUUUGUUAUCGACGUUGGCUACGAGAGGUUCCUGGGGCCCGAAAUCUUCUUCCAUCCCGAGUUUGCUAACCCUGAUUUCAUGGAGUCCAUUUCUGAUGUAGUUGAUGAAGUUAUACAGAACUGUCCCAUUGAUGUCCGGCGUCCAUUAUAUAAGAAUGUGGUCCUCUCAGGAGGGUCCACGAUGUUCAGGGACUUUGGACGACGACUGCAAAGGGAUUUGAAGAGAGUGGUGGAUGCGAGAUUGCGGCUCAGUGAGGAGCUCAGUGGUGGUCGGAUUAAACCCAAACCAGUGGAAGUUCAAGUGAUAACGCAUCACAUGCAGCGUUAUGCAGUUUGGUUUGGAGGUUCCAUGCUGGCUUCAACACCAGAGUUUUUCCAAGUAUGUCACACCAAGAAGGACUAUGAAGAGUAUGGCCCUAGUAUUUGUCGUCAUAAUCCCGUUUUUGGAGUCAUGUCAUAAUGCUCAUCCAAUGGAAAUAAGAUCUCUGAUACCGUGCUGGUGAAGAAACUCAUGCAGUGCAGAGGAAGGCAGCAGAUACUGUAAAUACUGAAGCAAGAUGUGGUUAACUCUGAUUUGGAUCACCAUUGUGCACUAAAGCACAGCUUACAGCCCCAAGUCAUUUCAGUAUGAGCCAUUUCUCUGCUGACUACUCAGAGCCUUUCCUUCUUUCUUCCUAAAUAUGAGGUAAUUGAAAAUAGGUAAGUCUUGGUUUAGGAGGUUGUGCAAAUACUACUGAAACUGAAUCUUGAAGAAUAAGGCAGUGUUUUACUGCUUGUGGAAAGAUCUAAGCCUUUCCCACUUGUGCCCUGAGUUUGCAGUCAAACCUUUAGCAAUGGAGCACUAAAUACCACAUUGCCUUUAGGGGAGUUGAAAUGGAUACAGGUACCUACCCAAAUGGAAUAGAUUGCAGGAUUGGGACAGUACUUUGUAAAUGUAGGUUUUCAUAUAAUUUUGUAUUUUAUGAUAUUGGUAGGGUGAAUUGAUGACUAGUUCUAAGCACGAACAGCUGUCAAUGUCAUGGAGUGGUGUUAUGCAUUUCCAGGUGUGAGGCAUGUAUUGGAGUAGUGCUGGUAUAUUUUUUUGGGAAAAAAUAAGCCAUGUAUGAUAGAAGUGAUCUGUUCAUGUUUGGAUGAUACAAAGUGAUUUGCAGUAUUGUAUGAAGUUUAUUAUAGCUACUGUUCCUUUGUUUUGAAUUUUCUGAAGCUGUUUUUUAGAAGAUGAUGUUUUGUUUUGCUGUUGGUGAGUGGUGGAUGACACAAGGGCCUUGCACCAGUGAAA